GAAGGCCGGCAGCCCGCCGGGCCCGGCGCGGAAGUUGCGCGGACGCGCGCCUUCCCAGGCAGGCCGCAGCCAUGUCGUCCUGGGACGCGGGGUCCGGCGGGCGGGAGGGGACCCCGCGCGCAGCCGCCGCGCUCUGCAGCCUGUACCACGAGGCCGGGCAGCGGCUGCGGCGCCUGCAGGACCAGCUGGCGGCCCGGGACGCCCUCAUCGCGCGCCUCCGCGCCCGCCUGGCGGCGCUCGAGGGGGACGCGGCGCCGUCGCUCGUGGACACGCUGCUGGAGCAGGUGGCGCGCUUGCGGGAGCAGCUGCGGCGGCAGGAGAGCGGCGCAGCAGAGGCCCAGUUGCGCCAGGAAAUUGAGAGACUUACUGAGCGACUAGAAGAAAAAGAGAGGGAGAUGCAGCAGCUGUUGAGCCAGCCACAGCAUGAGCGAGAGAAGGAGGUCAUCCUGCUGCGGAGGAGCGUGGCAGAGGAGGAACGGGCCCGGGCCGCCAGUGACGUUCUGUGCCACUCCUUGGCCAAGGAGACCCACCAGCUGCGGAGGACACUGGCUGCCACUGCCCACAUGUGCCAGCAUCUAGCCAAGUGUCUGGGUGAACGACAGCGUGCACAAGGGGACGUAGAGGAGAAAAGUCCUGACAAGCCAGAGCACACAGGCAGGGACGCCUCUGUCCGGAAUAUUAUUGAGGAGUUACAGGAAGAAAAUCGACUGUUAAAACAGAAGGUGACUCACGUGGAAGACCUCAAUGCCAAGUGGCAGCGCUACGACGCCAGCAGGGACGAGUACGUGAGGGGGAUCCACGCGCAGCUGAGGGAACUGCAGGCCCCGCACGAGCCUGAGCUGAUGAGGAAGGAGAUCUUCCGGCUCAACAGACAGUUGGAGGAGAAAAUAAACGACUGUGCAGAAGUCAAGCAGGAGCUGGCAGCCCUGAGGAUGGCCCGGGACGCUGCCCUGGAGCGGGCGCAGAUGCUGGAACAGCAGAUUCUUGCUUACAAGGAUGACUUCAUGUCGGAAAGGGCAGAUCGGGAACGGGCUCAAAGUAGGAUUCAAGAGCUAGAGGAAAAGGUCACCUCUUUGCUGCACCAGGUGUCCUGGAGACAGGACGUUCGAGAGCCAGACCCCUGCUGGAUUCAUACCGGGAGCAAAACUGCCAAGUACUUGGAAACUGAUGCAUUGGAGCCUGUGGUGCCUGGUGGCCGGAGGCCGGGGCCUGGGUCCCAGCAGCUGGAACUGGAACCCCCUGCAGAAGGCAGACUCACCAGCACAGCCCAGAGAGGCCAGGGCGACCUUCAGUGCCCCCACUGCCUGCGGUGCUUCAGCGAUGAGCAAGGUGAAGAGCUCCUCAGGCAUGUGGCCGAGUGCUGCCAGUGAGCCAGGCAUUCCCUGUGCCCUUGUGGGUCCCCGCCUAGCGCAGCCACCCUCAGGGACAGGGUGGGUGCUCUCAGACACGGUGGGUUGAGCUCUACUGAGAUCAAGGCCCCUAGAAUGGGCGCUCUGAUUGUUCACCUUGAUCCCCCUUUGGCUGUGGAACAGGCCGGGUCAGAGGAAGCUGCCAGCAGGGCUGGGGUUGGAGGCAGAGACGGACGGGGUCAGGAGCAUCAGUCAUGGGGAAGCCCCGGUCUCACCUCUCCAUCAUGCUGAAACCAGAGCAGUCUGCUGCUGGUGUGCCAGCCCCCACGCAGCCCCCACGCAGCCUGCACUUGCAGAUGCCGCAGCCUGCCUGCAAGGGGCCGCUGCCUGUGGGAGCCACGUGUGCAGUCCCCAGGGUAGCUCCAUCUUGUUCUAUAGAAUAAAGUGUCCCCUCCCUGCCUUGGAUUGGGAGGUUUGCAGACCGGAGUACUGUAGCUGCACAUCUCACUAGGGGGCCCAUCCCCAGCCAUGGCAGAGCCACAUGUCUGCAUUGAUAUUGAAAUUGAAAACAUCGCACAUGUCUGCCACGUCUGAAUUGAAAUUGAAAUUGAAAAACGAUGCAUUGCAAUAGCAUUUAUCAUGUAUCCAGAAGUUAAAACACACUCAUUUUAUAUUCAUUUAUUUUUAUAAUAAAUGUACUUGCUACUGUGACUGCUCUGAGAA